UGGGGAGGGGAUCACUGAGCCGCUCAUCAUGGUUAUGAUGACAGACGAAUCAACAGGUUAACUGCUCCUGAUCGCCUGGAAUGUGAUAGCUCCAUAGUUGGGCGCCGAGCGGAGUUUCGCAGUGCAGGAGCGAUCGGGCAGCCCCGGCCAGGGUGGCUGUAAGAGACCUCGCUGCGUCCUGUCUUGCCGGCAGAGGACUGACAGACAAGGCAAAAAAAACAAAACUUUGGCAAGAUGUGGCUGAAGCUGUUUUUCCUGCUGCUCUAUUUCCUCAUCCUCUUCGUGCUGGCCAGGUUCUUUGAAACCAUAGUAUGGUACGAGACUGGCAUCUUCGCCAGCCAGUUGGCGGACCCAAUGACGCUGAGCUUCCAACAGUUAAAGACCGUCCUGGAGUGCCGGGGUCUGGGGUACGCCGGGCUGCCGGAGAAGAAGGAUGUCCGAGAACUUGUGGAAAAAUCAGGUGACCUGAUGGAGGGAGAGUUAUACUCGGCCUUAAAGGAAGAGGAGGCAUCCGAUGCGGUGUCCAGCACUAACUUCAGCGGUGAAAUGCACUUUUACGAGCUUGUAGAAGAUACGAAAGACGGGAUCUGGCUGGUGCAGGUAGUGGCUAACGGUAGGAGUCCUCUAGUGAGCACGGUCCACUGGGAAAAGAUGAUGAAGAAAGUAUCCAAAUUCGGCAUCCGCACCGGUACCUUCAACUGCUCGAGUGACCCGAGGUACUGUAGGAAGAGAGGCUGGAUCAGAUCCACCCUCAUCAUGUCCGUGCCCCAAACCAGCACUUCAAAGGGGAAGGUGAUGCUUAAAGAAUACAGCGGCAGGAAAGUAGAAACGGAGCAUAUUUUCAAGUGGAUAACGGCUCAUGCGGCUUCUCGGGUCAAAACGAUUUAUGAUCCUGAACACCUGAAAGAAGAAUGGAACAAAAGCGAUCAGUACAAGGUCAAGCUGUACCUGUUUGCAAACCUUGAUCAACCUCCAGCGUUCUUUUCCACGCUGAGCGUUAAGUUUACUGGCAGAGUGGAAUUCAUAUUUGUUAAAGUUGGAAAUUGGGAUAAAACAAGCUUCAUGGCUCAGAUCAACAUUGACAGGACUCCGUGCUAUGUCCUUAAAACUCCUGAGGGAAUCUAUAAGUAUGGAAACAAUACGGGGGAAUACGUAUCCCUCCACGCCAUGGAUUCCUUUCUGCGUUCUUUGCAACCAGAAGUGAAUGAUUUGUUUGUCUUAAGCUUGGUUUUGGUGAAUUUGAUGGCCUGGAUGGACCUGUUCAUCACUCAAGGAGCAACCAUAAAAAGAUUUGUGGUUCUUAUUAGCACGUUGGGGACGUAUAACUCCCUGCUAAUUAUAUCCUGGUUGCCGGUGUUGGGAUUCCUACAGCUACCGUACCUUGACAGUUUCUACGAGUAUAGCUUGAAGCUUCUCCGUUAUUCCAAUACCACCACUUUGGCGUCUUGGGUGAGGGCAGACUGGAUGUUCUACUCCUCUCACCCUGCGCUUUUUCUAGGCACUUACCUUGGUCACGGAUUACUCAUUGACUACUUUGAGAAGAAGAGACGCCGUAACAACAAUGCAGAUGAAGUGAACGCCAAUAAUCUGGAGUGGUUGUCCAGCCUUUGGGAUUGGUAUACUAGCUACCUGUUUCACCCCAUAGCUUCCUUCCACCACUUUCCCAUCAACUCUGAUUGGGAUGACGACCCAGAUCUUAUUCUCGAGAGAUUAGCUUUUCCCGAUUUAUGGCUUCACCCGCUUAUACCUACAGAUUACAUCAAAAGCCUUCCAACGUGGCCGUUUCGCUGCUCUGGCGUACACAAAGGAGAAGAGGAAACCUCCGAAACAUCGCAGGAUAGCGAUAGUGACUCAGAAGCUGAACGCAACGGCGAUCUUGCUGUUCAAAAGCCUUCAUGUGAAGACCAAGCUGAUGCGCCUGGUUGCACGAGCCAUGCUUCCCCAGAAGGCGCCAGCUACGCUUGCUCAUGUGUCCAGGAACAAAGAGACAAAAUUGGUUCGUAUGGAUCCCCUGGCACGCAGGACAGCACAGAGCCACACUGGUCCGAAUGGCCCGAGAACAUGUUGCACUGUACAGAGUGUGUUGUGUGUUUAGAGAAUUUCGAACAUGGCUCUUUACUGAUGGGUUUGCCGUGUGGUCAUGUGUUUCACCAAAAUUGCAUUGUGAUGUGGCUGGCUGGAGGUAGACAUUGUUGUCCGGUGUGUCGCUGGGCGUCCUACAAAAAGAAACAUUACACACAUCAGCCGUCUCUGUCUGCCACCCCUGCCUCUUAGCCCUAAUGCCAUACCUUCAUAUAAGCUCUCUUGCCUGAAAAUGCUUGCGUCUGUUAGAAACCUCUGUGGUUUGACGUCCCUUUAAAAACCUUAGUACGGUGAAUUCAUGCACAUUGCGUCAAUGUUUGUAAUUCAUUCCCUCGCCUCUCUUUGUGUAUUAAAUGUAAAUGGGUAUGUAAGAAAAAUAUUUUUAUGGCUUCCUCAAAUCAUAUUCCUACUUAACUGUAUAUUGUUAGAGUACAAAACCUUAACGUUUUAGUUCUGAAAUGAGCCAAUUUAUUUUGAAGAUAUCCCGUGUACCCCGCAGCGUUUGUCUCUGUCAAAGAUUUCUAGAAAUAUAGCUGUUGGUAAAGUGUUAUUUUUGUUGUAAUCUUUAUGUAAAAUUCUAUAUCAUUGAAUGGCUGUUGUUUCAGAACCUCUAACCU